AUGACUGGCAACGCAUACCGGGUCGAUACAGUUUCUUCAUUGCAAAAUGACCUCUCGAGAACGUUGGUGAUGCCGCACCUGAGCAGUAGCCUUGUUGAAGAGCCUCGGUCAGUCCCCGCUAUCAAGGGUCCAUCAACGACUUUGGAGGAGGCAGAUGAUGAUAUCGAAGAAUGGAUCAGGGACAACCUCCCAUCGCACAAUCGACCUGAACAGCGAGUCUCCUCCAUAGUAUCUUUAUCGUCGGCUACCAGCUAUGAGAUGUACACAGACACUGACAUGAGCGAUGAUGAACACCAUAUAACUUCCUCCGCUCCUCGCUGUACAUUACCUGGCCCUACAGUCAAGACCAUCAACCUUAUCAUGCGCAAGGUCGAAUCUCACUCACGUGGUGUAGCCUUACAGUGUAACGGCGGUAAUGCAUCAACCGCUGCGAGUGGCAACGAGUCCAGUACACAAAGAGGUACUCGCAGAGUCUCCCAAGACUCAGGGAAGCGCAAAACAAGGUAUGACGAAGAACCGUAUCACAACGACGAUGGCGAAGGAGACAAGGAGAUCCCAAACAAACGACGUCGUGGAUCACUGGCCACAAUUGGAAGCUCAGAGCGCGGUGCUAAAUUUGCCUGUCCCUUCUACAAGCACGAGCCGCAUCGCUUCCGCGCGCGCCGUACAUGCCCUGGACCCGGUUGGCCUACGGUCCAUCGCAUGAAAGAGCAUCUCUACCGCGCACAUGCCCAAUUGGUUUACUGCCCAAGAUGCUAUGCUACAUUCGAUGCCGACAUGGAUCUCUCAAGCCAUCUGCGUUCCGCACAUUGCUUAGUUUCAGAACCUCAAUCUAUCGAAGGUAUAGAUAGGGAGACCCUCAAGUCGCUACGCAAGCGAUCGCCGGUAUUUCGACCCGAGGAAGAUAAGUGGAGGGAUGUGUACCAUGUCCUCUUUCCAGACGUGGACCUCGAAGACAUCCCAUCGCCUUUCUACGACGCAGACACGCCCAGCGAGGAGUCGCGUCGCUUUCGCCGCGAACUGCUCAGGCGGGUUCAACAGGAACUUUUGAGCACUGCAGGACAGCUUCCGCACCCUGUCGAACAUCAACUGCUGCACCAGGUCGCCAAUAUCGUCCGCAGAUGUGAAGAAGAGCUCCUGAACCCUCUCACACGCACGAGCUUGGAUGCACCGCCUUUGUCGAGUAGGCGGGCGAGCGAUACGUCGACACUAAGCUCGUGGUCGCAACACACGCCCUAUCAUUCAAACUCGAUCCACUUCGACCUGGAUAACCCGAGAUCGUUACAGCAACCGGUACAGAGUUCGACGCAUGUUGAUGGAUUCGCGUGGCUGGAGGAAUCAAACCAUCGUCAAGCAGCAACAGAGCAGUCCGGACCAUUUGCGCCUGUCGUAUGGGAGCAACUUCACGCGCUAGACACUAUCACUGAGUGGAACGAUUCAGAGGCGCUGAGUUUACCACCAAAGGACGUGUGUGGCGAUGACGUCCUGGCGCACUUUCCUACAGGCAUGAGCACUUGGUAG